AUGGCGGACAUCAAAGCCCCGGAGCCGGCGAGCACCUUGGCUGUGCCUGGCGCUCGCCAGCAGAACGGCGCCGUCUCGUCCCCUUCUAGCGUCAGCGGCCUGAGCCUCGUCGACGACAAAGAUGCCGGAAGCGUCUUCGAGAAAGCCUCCCGCUCCGACGUCGAGGCCGACGCCCAAGGAGAGCAGCUGGAGCCCGUCGUCAGCGCCGAACACCCCACCGGCCUGAAGCUGUUCAUCAUCGUCGUCGCCGUCGUCUGCAGCAUCUUCUUGGUUGCCCUGGACAUGACCAUCGUCGCCACCGCCAUCCCCAAGAUCACGGAUGAGUUCCGCAGCCUCGAUCAGGUCGGCUGGUACGGCAGUGCCUUCUUCCUCACCCUGGGUGCCUUUCAGUCCACGUGGGGGAAGGCUUACAAGUACUUCCCCCUUAAGAUCAGCUUCUUGGCCUCUAUCUUCAUCUUUGAGCUUGGCAGUCUGAUUUGCGGAGUGGCACAGAACAGCACCACUCUAAUUGUAGGUAGAGCGAUCGCGGGUGCAGGCGGGGCCGGCAUCGCUGCGGGUGCCUACACGAUACUUGCUUUCACUGCACCUCCUGGCCAGACUGCUGCCUACACUGGCAUCCUGGGUGCUGUCUAUGCUGUCGCCAGUGUCGUUGGUCCCCUCCUUGGUGGUGCGUUCACGGACGAGGUGUCGUGGCGAUGGUGUUUUUAUAUCAACCUCCCCAUCGGUGGCCUCGCUGCCCUCAUCAUCCUCAUCUGGUUUCAAACGCCGAAAAACGCAAAGCCCGUAGAAGCUUCUCUCUCGGAGAAGCUCUAUCAGAUGGACCCUCUCGGCACUUUCGUCCUCCUUGCCGCUUUCAUCUGCCUCAUCCUCGCGCUCCAGUGGGGUGGUACCACCAAGUCCUGGAGUGACCCCGAGGUCAUUGGGACGCUUGUAGGCUUCGGCGUGCUCAUCGUCAUCUUCAUCGCCGUCGAGAUCUGGCUGGAUGACCGCGCCCUACUGGUGCCGCGUCUGAUGAGGCAGAAGACCAUCGCCUUCCUCUCCCUCUACCAAUUCUUCGGCUCGGGCACCUUCAUGCUUUUGCUAUACUACCUACCCAUAUACUUUCAGGUAGUCUCCGGUGUCUCCGCCGCGCAGUCGGGCGUGCGCAACAUCCCGUACAUCCUCGGCAUCGCCCUCUUCACUAUAUUUUCAGGCGGCACAAUCACCAUGACGGGCCACUACCUGCCGCUCCUAGCCGUAGGUAGUGUGAUGGCCGCCAUAGGCAGUGGCCUCAUCUACACGCUCGACGUCGGCUCGCCUUCGUCGCACUGGAUCGGCUACCAGGCCUUGGCCGGCAUCGGCAGCGGGCUGGGCAUCCAGGUGGGCGUCAUUGUCUCGCAGGCCAUCGUACCCGCCGUCGACGUCAGCUCCGUCACCGCCAUCAUCCUCUUCUGGCAGACGCUCGCGGGCGCCAUCUUCGUCAGCGCCGCUCAGUCGCUCUUCGCCAACCGCCUCGUGCGCUCCGUGCCCCGCGAGGUGCCCGGCCUCAAUCCAGGCCUUGUCAUCGCCACCGGGGCUACUGAGCUGCGCGACGUCUUUGGCGAGGACCAGAUCACCGGCGUCGUCCGUGCCUAUAUGGACGGCCUGAAGGAUGCCUACGCCCUUGAUAUCGCCCUGGCCGGCUGCUCGGUGUUGGUCGCCUUGACGAUGCUGGUGUUUGAUUACAGAAAGGUCAAGAAAGGCAUGCCUGGAGCGGGUGGCGCAUGA